UUAUUUCUCUCAAAAUUAUACUUUGUCCAAAACUUCUUCUUCCUCAAUAAGCUAUUGAAGCUCUCUACUGUAAAAACUACGCCGACAAAACCGAAAUCAGAAUAGAAAACCCCCAGCAAGAAAAAAGAAUGGAAUCGUUGGAUGCCAACGCUACCAACUAUGAUACUUCAUGGAGCUCCGCGACGAACUGGAUCGUCGCCGGUGGUUUUCUCGCAAAUUCCGUCACCUUCGAGUCCUCUUUUUCUCUUGUAGAAGACGACAAGGAUGAUAAUCACGAUCAAUCCUCUACCGUGAGUUCGACCGUUAAAUCCCCUCUCAUUCUGUAUCCUCCAUCACCUGAUUCCACUUCCUGCGAGAUCACAAUUACUUUUGCCCAAAAACAUGAAGUGCGGCAGGUUUAUGUUCGAAGUACUGCUCGAGUUUAUGAAAUAUAUUAUGCCCCUAAGUUGCAGAGUAGCAGUGAGUAUUUGUGUACUGUUCGCUGUGGUAUUGCACUUAGAGACGAAGAAGUGCUGCGUGCAACUGGUAUUGAAGAAGCUGUUUUGGCACAUAAGAAAAGCUUUAUCAAAGAACUAGGUGAAGAAAGAAUCAGAAAUGGCAGUAACGUGAGCACCAGUGAAGAUGACUGGGUUGAAGUGAAAGUUCCUGAUACUCGGCAUGCUAACACAAGUAGUCCUCAGUCGUCACAUUCUGAUACAAGCCAAGUGAGAAGCUCACAGCCACAGGAUUUUUAUGAGGCUACAGCAGAUAUUACUGAUUCAAACCCAUGCAUAUCCAUUACGCUGAGGCUACUUUCACUUCAGAAUAAAUCUUGCAUUUGUAUUGAUGAAGUCUACGUGUUUGCUGAUCCAGUCGAUGCAGCUGACAUGGAUAAUAAAGUGGGUCCUGUAGAAAACUCUGCUGGAAGUUCACUUAUGGCCAUGCUUAUGCCUACCCUUUUGCAGUUAUCUAAAACAAAGGGUUAUGGCCAAGCACAAGAUAAGUAUGAUUCUGAUAGGAUGAAUGGAUGGAAGUCGGACAAAAUUGAGGCAAAACCAACUGAUCCAGUUGAUGCUGGAAAUAAAAUUCAGCAGGAAGGGAAAUCUGAUUCAAUUUACCAGCAGGGAGUUCAGGUGCAAGAAGCAGUUAUCCCUAGUGCCAAGCUGCAGAAUCCUCCUCAAGUUUCAGAUACUGAGAGCAAGCCUGAAUUAUCACUCAGUCAUAUUGAAAGUGUUCUAAAUCAGCUUGUUUCUCGAGUUACAAGAAUAGAAGACCUCUUUUUGCGGUUUGAGGAUUGUAUGCUGAAGCCCAUAAGAAGCAUUGAUGAGAGGCUUCAAAGAGUAGAGCAGCAACUUGAAGUGCUCACAAAGAAACCACAGAAUUCUGGAUUGCGUUCUUGCACAAGAAUAUCUGCGCCUGAUUUUUCAUGCAGUGAAUCGGAGACCAAUUCCCUUCAUAACAGCAGUUAUGUGGAUCUUAGUUAUGCAGCUUGUGAUGCCAAUAAGAAGGAUUCACUUCCAGCUGUGUCAUCCAUUCUCUCUGAUGCCACCCCUGUUUCUGUGAAUACUUUGAACUCACAUCCUAGUCUUGUGGUUACUGCUCCAGAUUUCUCAAAUUGUGAUGAUGAUGAAGAAGAUGAUGCAGUGGAGCCAGUGAUGGAAUCUCCAAAGGAGAAACAAAAGCACGUUAUGUCAAUUGAUGAUGCUUUAGCAUCUGCACUUGCUGGAUUCCUAUCUUCGACUUCAAUCCAAUCCCCAAAAUAUUCAAAAAUUCUUGCAGUUAAAGCUCCUGAGUUUCCAAAUGAAGAAGGAGAUAAUGGCAACAAGACAGUUUCACCGAAAGUUCAUUGUGAAGUAAGCACAGAACACCCCACUGGUUUCAGUGAACACGAUGAGACAGAGCUACAAAGGAGGCUUUCAUUUUCAUCUCUAUCAAAUACUUCUUCUUUAGAAAGUGAUGAGAAUGCAAUGAACUAUCCUAUCAAUAACUACUGUGUGAAAAAGGAUAUAGGAGUUGAUGAACAGGUGCAGGACGGUGAAGGGGAUAAAGGUGAUACCCAGGGCACUUGUUCCGAGUGCACAGUACCUGCUGUGAAUGAUAUUGCAAGGACUGGCUCAGAUAAGAUAACUGAUGAUAUUCAAAAUGAAGUUGACAAUGGAACAUGCAACAUUUCUGGUUUGGAGAAAGCUGAUGGUUUGGAGCAAUUUUCUGGAAAUCAAACUGACAGUGUUGAUACCAUGGAGGAUGUUGCUGGUUCUAGUGAACUGAACACUUGUACUGAAGUUACAGAUGAAGGGUCUAAACUAGACAUUCUGCAGGAUGUUGUUGAAUUAUCUCGGGCGGCAACUAAAGUGGAUUUUGAAACUCCAAUCCUAGAAGUGAAGUUCACUUCUCAGGAAAACAUGAAAGUCAAGUCUCCUCUUGAGGCCCUUUUGGCUGGCAUACCAGAUUUGAAUACUGAAGUUCAUUCUGCAGAAAAAACUGACGAGGAUGAUUCUCAAAUUGGUGAUCAAUGCAAUUUAGUUCCGGUAGAGGACUGGAGAAUGAGGAGUUCUGCAACUGAUAACCAUGUAUCCAUGGAUACAGACUAUUACAAUCUCACUCUCUUACCUUUGAAUGCAGAAGAUGUCUCGCAUUUCAUAUGAAAAAUGAGCAGCAGCUGUCAUUAGGUAGAUAUUUAACUGUACAUAAUCUGGUUUGGACAAGUAGUUAUUUGUCUGUUAAAUGUGUAUGUUCCCCCAUGCCUUUUUUUUAAUAUAUCUCUUUGAACGGCUUCAUGUGGAAAAUUUUUCUUUGGUAGAAA